AACACGCAAUAUCCGGUACACGAUCUUGCCGGUGAGCUGGCUGGACUGAGUCAAUUCACACCGUAAAUUCCAUAGAAAAUAUAUAUCUCUACGGGUAUAUUCGUCGUAUAAUGGCGGAAAAGAGCAUGGCGGAGCAAAUGAAGGAGUUGAAAGUUGACGAAGGGAAAAAGGGAGUAGGAGGCAAAGAUGGAGAGAAGAAGAAGAAGGAGAAGAAGGCUGCAGUGGGAGACGCUGGUGGGAAGACAGAGCUGUCCCCUCCUCCCGGGUACAUGGAGGAGCGUCUGUCCCUGUACACUAAACUGAAGGAGGAGCAUGAUGCUCUGAUGGCAGAGAGGGCAGAGAAGGACAGUAAACCCAUCAAGGUGACUCUGCCAGAUGGGAAGGUGGUGGAGGCUGAGUCCUGGAAGACCACACCCUAUCAGGUGGCUGCUGGCAUCAGGUGAGCCAGUCCCCUUGCCUACCUUAACCCUACCAGAGGGCUG